AUGUUUAGCAUACUACAAUGCAGCGCAUGGGUAUUUACCCUCUUUAGCCUUGUUCUAUGCGACCAUAACUCCAGCAACAUCGGUCUCUGGGACAGGCCGAGAGCUGCCUUGAUCAGAGACCAUGUGUAUCUCGAAGGUGGUUAUAUGCAAACUGGAGUCUGGAGCAAUGGGGCGUGGAAAUCUCUUGCGUCCGCCACCUCCUCCGAGGGCUUUCUGUACAAACUCAGUAUGCAUGAUGCGUUUGAUACCACCAAAGCCAACCCUGCAUUAUUCCAGUCUAUCAAUGAGGGACCCAUCUCCAACUACUACCUCGACGGAUAUAUGUUCGCCGACUAUGACGAGUUUUAUGCUUACGGGGGCAUGUUCUACAGUUCCGAGGACACUACAACAGACCGCACAGUGAACGACCCUCUGUACGAUAUCGCGCCGGACUCGAACAUCCAGGCAGGUGUGCCAAAUAUUGCCUACUCCCCCGAUAGUGGAAGUUUCAUCCAAGACAUAACAAACGGCGCCGGCGCCAAUGCUCCGAGUGAGAACCUCAGCUUCUACUUCAGCGGCCUGUAUAACGAAAAUGGUACGGCCUUCUCCUAUUUCAACCCGCCAACGGACUACUCUCCGUACCUCAUCAAGGUCGACACUACCAACCAAGGGCACGCGCAAUGGACGCGAUCACUCUUGACAGAUAGCAACAUCACACUGCGAUCCGAGGGUGCUCUUGUCUGGAUUCCUGCUUCAACGCAAGGACUCCUGAUUGCCAUUGGAGGUGUCGUUUAUCCUUCAGAUUUGCACUUUUACGAAAGCACAGACAACGCAACGGACGUCGCGUUGGCAAAGACCUUUGUAACCGAAUUUCCUGUAUACGAUAUCGGUUCUGGUCAAUGGAGUAUACAGUCGCUUAGUCCAGAAUCCGAAAUACCCCCAAACCUGGCACAAUUCUGCACCGUGGUCGCCUCCAGCGCGGACUAUUCUCACCACGAGAUCUUUGUCUACGGAGGAUGGGAUAGCGACGGGAAUGCCUCGUAUUCUGACGUGUGGAUUUUGAGCGUGCCUUCCUUCACCUGGAUCAAUACACACGCUCCUGGAGACCCCAGACAAGGCCAUGUCUGCAUAUCUCCAUACCCUGACCAAAUGAUUGUUAUUGGUGGGACGGGAACUUAUGGAGCUGGGCUGCAAAGCAACAACAGUGUCGACGUCUUCAAUCUGAACGACCUCAGCUGGACAGGCAAAUACGAUCCCACUGUUUAUGAUGAUUACAAGCCUCCUGCGACUGUGAUGAGUGUCAUCUCUGCAACCCCGACGCCCAGCGGCAUGUCCUCCCAGGUUUUCGGCUGGUUCAACCAAACUUAUGAGAACAAGAACAUGAUUAAAACCUGGGGCCCUUACAGUACAACUACCAGCAGCGCACCCGCAAAUACAGCCACGCACACUCAAACCUCGACACCACAUCAUCACAAAGACUGGGUGGUCCCAGUUGCUGUCACUGUUCCCGUUGUGGUUGGUGUUGCCUUCUUUGCCGGCCUUAUCUUCUUGUGCUGUUGGAGGGCACGAAAAGACCGCCAACAAACGCAAGACACCUCUGAAGCCAACAACAGGAAGAGUCCUGUCUGGUCCUGGCUGCGGUCGACCUCUUCAGCCGCAGCUGGCAAAGACAUUGGAACCGAGUCUUCAAUCACUGAGGUGGAACAUCCCCACUCUCCACCCCCAAUGGCACAGACGUCUCCUCAUGAACUCCCAGGAUACUUUGGCAUGAGUGGCACGGGGAGUAACCCAGAGCGCUGGUCGUCAUCUACACCUGUACGAUCACCAAGAGCUGAAUACGAUGGUCCAGUCGAAGGCCCAAACACCGAGGUGCAUGAAGUUCACGGUUCUUCUCGGAUUACACGUCCAGAUGACAUCUACUAUGAUAUUCGUAACAUGCCCAUGUACCCGCCUAGUGUCGUCAGCGGUGGCCAACAUAGGGCAACAGACAGCUCUUCAUUCUCGCCAGCAGGCGAGUCCAACGCUCCUGCAUCACCGAACACAACGUCAGUGGGCGUCGCAAGCUCUUCUUUUGCGGCAAUUCCUGAGGGUGAAAUGGCGCUCGGGGACGGGCACACCUCACCUUUUGACAGGGCAAUUUCACCAAUUGAUCACCGGCGAGACCCGAGGCCGCCUGCGCAUGGUCGCCAGCCCUCGGAUGUCAGCAGUGCUCCAUCGCUGCCAUCGCCAGGCGGUGAGGAUCAAUCCGCUCUACCAAACAGGCCGAGAGCUUCACGAAGCGUCUCCGGAGAUGAUGUCGAAAUCGAGGAGCCAGGGAAUCGUACGAUAUAA